AUGUGUGGUAUUUUUGGUUAUUUGAAUUAUUUGGUUAAACGUGAUCGUCGAUUUAUUGCUGAUAUUCUUAUAAAUGGUCUUCAUCGUUUGGAAUAUCGUGGUUAUGAUUCAUCAGGUAUUGCAUUUGAUGGUGAUGAUGUUGAAGGAAGUGAUACCAAACAAUCAUUAAAAUCUAGACGAGCUUGUGUUGUUGUACGACAGAAAGGAAAAGUUGAAGAACUUGAACAUGUUGUUAGAUCAUUAGAAAAUAUUGAUUGGGAUGCAGAAUUUACUGUUCAUGUUGGUAUUGCACAUACACGUUGGGCAACACAUGGUGAACCAAAUGCAGUUAAUUCUCAUCCACAACGUUCAGAUGAACAAAAUCAAUUUGUUUGUGUUCAUAAUGGAAUUAUAACAAAUUAUAAAGAUAUUAAACAAUAUCUUACAAAUAAAGGUUAUAAAUUUGAAUCAGAAACUGAUACAGAAGUUGUUGUCAAAUUAGUUAAAUAUCUUUAUGAUAAACAUAAAAAUGAAAAUAUUAGUUUUCAAAAACUUAUUGAAAUGGCUUGUUCACAAUUGGAAGGUGCUUUUGCACUUCUUUUUAAAAGUACACAUUUUCCAGGUGAAUUAUGUGCUACACGUCGUGGAAGUCCAAUGGUUAUUGGAGUUAAAUGUGCAGAUCAAUUAGCUACUAGUCAUAUUCCAGUUAUGUUUAGUAAAGAUCUUUCAAAUCCUCGAUUUACCAAAGAUUUAUUCAAUCAUCAAAAUAGCAAAGAUUCACGUAAUGAUAUUCAGUUAGUUGAAACUACUUCAGCAAAUCUGCGUGGUGUUUUUUCACCUCCAUUAAUGAUUACUGAUCAAUCAGCAUCGGAAUUAGCAGUUACUGGCAAUGAUCGUAGUAUUGAAUAUUAUUUUGCUUCGGAUGCUAGUGCUAUUAUUGAACAUACAAAUCAAGUUAUUUUCAUGGAAGAUGAUGAUCUUGCUGUUGUUAAGAAUGGUGCAUUAACUAUUCAUCGUACACAACAUGGUGAAGUAACAGGUCAAUCAGCAAUUCGUGAAAUUCAUGAACUUAAAAUUGAAUUACAACAAAUUAUGAAAGGUAAUUAUAAAUAUUUUAUGCAAAAAGAAAUUUAUGAACAGCCAGAAUCCGUUGUUAAUACAAUGCGUGGUCGUGUAAAUUUCAGUGCAAAAAAAGUUGUACUUGGUGGUAUUAAAGAUUAUAUUAAUGAAAUUCGUCGUUGUCGUCGUUUAAUUUUAAUUGCUUGUGGUACAAGUUAUCAUUCAGCUGUGGCUACAAGACAAUUACUUGAAGAAUUAUCUGAAUUACCAGUUAUGGUUGAACUUGCUUCGGAUUUUCUUGAUCGAAGUACACCAGUUUUUCGAGAUGAUGUUUGUAUCUUUGUUUCACAAUCAGGUGAAACAGCAGAUACAAUCUUAGCUUUGCGUUAUUGUAAACAACGUGGUGCACUUAUUGUUGGUUUUACGAAUACAGUCGGGUCAAGUAUUUCACGUGAAUCACAUUGUGGUGUUCAUAUCAAUGCUGGACCUGAAAUUGGUGUGGCAAGUACAAAAGCAUAUACAAGUCAAUUUCUUGCUCUUGUUCUUUUUGGUCUCGUCUUAUCUGAAGAUUCAAUUUCAAAAGAACCAAGACGUAAAGCUAUUAUUGAUGGUCUUCAACAAUUAGCAGAUCUUAUUAAAAAAGUACUUGAAUGUGAUAAAAAAAUACGUGAAUAUGCUGAAGCUUUAUAUAAAGAAUCAUCAUUAUUAGUUAUGGGUCGUGGUUUUAAUUUUGCAACAUGUCUUGAAGGAGCUUUGAAACUAAAAGAAUUAACAUAUAUGCAUUCAGAAGGUAUUCUUGCAGGUGAAUUAAAACAUGGUCCAUUAGCUAUGGUAGAUCAUUUAAUGCCAAUUGUUAUGAUUGUUAUGGAUGAUCCUGUUAAAACAAAAUGUAUGAAUGCAUAUUCACAAGUUCAAGCUCGUGGUGGUCAACCGAUAAUAAUUUGUAAUGAAGAUGAUGAAGAAUUAAUAAAAUUAACAUCUCGACAUAUUGCUAUACCGCGUACAGUUGAUUGUCUUCAAGGUAUUUUAUGUGUUGUACCAAUGCAAUUACUUUCAUUUCAUAUUGCUGUUUUACGUGGUUAUGAUGUUGAUUGUCCAAGAAAUUUAGCUAAAUCUGUCACUACUGCAUAA